AUGAACUCGUUGCGGAGUGUGCUGCGCCCCGCGCUCCAGCGCGCGACAUCCGCUGCGCCUGCGACCAAGCUGAGCGUCAGGUCUAUGAGCACGAAGACUUCGCGCUUCGACCGCACGGCGAAACUCGAGGACGAGAGCGUCCUGGAGCACCUGGUGUGCCCCAUCUCCAAGUACCCGCUGCGCUACGACGCCGGUCGCGGCAGCCUCGUGUGCGACGAGAUCAACGUCGAGUACCCGAUCUGGCAGGGCGUCCCGAUGCUGGUGCCCUCUGAAGGCCGCAUCAUCGGCCCAAGCAACGACGAGUAG